AUGAGUUCUUCAGCCGUCAUGCAUGGGCAGAUGGCUGAUUACAUGCCCUUGAGUCAAGGGUAUGUGUGCGAAAACAUGAAAAAGGAGUUGUAUGGAUCUAAACUCACUGCAGAAUCAGAUUUGAAUGCUAAGGAAACUCACAGCUGUUACGAGGCUUCUUUGUACGAGGGACUGCAAUUUGGAAAAGAGAAAGGGAUCCCAUUAGCUAGCAAGACAGAGAUUUCAGAAGAGUGGAGCUGCUAUUAUUCUAGGAAAAUCUCAUCAUGA